CGGCGGAGCGGAGUCGCCGGAUGGGCCUGCAGAAGAUGGUGGUGCACCUCAGCAUCGACAGUGAUAACGUCGACCCAAUAGGCGACGAGACCGUGUACCUGCACGACAAGGUGGUCGGCAACACGACCUCCGGGUGCUACAGCCACAACACCGGCCAGACUCUGGCCAAGGCGUACGUGCCGCCGUACCUGGCCGUCGCCAGCACCGAGGUGCAGGUGGCGCUGCUGGGCGAGCGGCGGCCCGCCGUGGUGCUGCCUGGUCCUCCGCUGCUGACUCAGCCGGCCAGAGACGCGCUGAAACGCAAGGCCGCCAAGGCCAAGGCCAAGUAGAGACGGAGCCAGCCACGCGGGGAUUUUUCUACUCACUGUGGUGCAAUGGAUAUGCACUACACAAGCUCAUUGUGAAAUUUUGUGUAAUGCCUUGGUGGGAUUUGUACUGUGCAAUACGAAGUGUCGGGAAUAUAUGAGGGCCUGGU